ACCCGUUGCGCUCAGUGCCACACUGUCGAGGCUGGCGGUCCCCACAAGGUCGGCCCCAAUCUCCACGGUCUCUUCGGCCGUAAGACCGGUUCCGCCGACGGCUACGCCUACACCGACGCCAACAAGCAGGCCGGUGUUACCUGGGACGAGAACACUCUGUUCUCUUACCUUGAGAACCCCAAGAAGUUCAUCCCCGGUACCAAGAUGGCCUUCGGUGGUCUGAAGAAGGCCAAGGAAAGGAACGACCUGAUCACGUAUGUUCUUUUGUCGAAGACUCACUCUGCCAUGGUUGGCAUUGCAGGCGCUAACUGUUUCUCCCCUACAGCUACCUCAAGGAGAACUGCUAAACAUGUUCAUCCUGAAAAGUCACUUGUCUCUUCAACCUUGUCUGGGAAACGUUGUCGCGCCGAUCCUCCUGUGGUAAAAGCAGAUGCACGGCAGUUCGACGGACAGGGCAUGUACUAUACUACAACCUUGUUUAAACGCAAUAGACCUGAUAUUUUCUGUGUGCUGGAACAUGGCGGAUAUCAUAGAGUCCUAGCGUGGGGAAUUGUCCAUUAUCCUUUUUCCGAUGGUUAUGUCUUUGCUUCGGAUUUUGUGUACCAUGACCGACCAUAAUGAAUUAAGAGAUCUCCUCUCAUGAUGACCCUGCUUCUUGCUGUGUGUUCUACCUCAGACUGUCGGCCCACAUGCGUCAUCGCUCGUCACGUGUUGGUGUAGGUGCCUGCUGACAAGGUGGAUUCCUGCCUUGCUGCCUGAAGGAAGUUACUCGUCCUAUCUUCUGACUCUUGUCUUCCCCCAGCCUGUUGAUGAUUCGUGGAUAUUGACACCAAGUUUCAGGUAUACUCUUAGCUCCAGCGACAUCGAGUGGAGUCGAGUCGGUCGUCUUCCAAGCUCGUCCUGCUGUUCGCCCGUCUACGGUUU